CUGUAAAUGGCUGCACUUCGGAUAUAUGAAAAUCAAUUUCAUUGUUUUAAACGGCAUGUUGUAUUUUUUUGUGUUAAAAUUCGAAAGCCUAGAACGUUGAAUUCUAAGUAAAAAUGUAUUAAUCUUUAGUUCUAUAAGCCCUUGUAAAAACAGAUUGAAAAUCAUUUGCGCCAGCUGGGAUACGUUUAUCGGCUCAAUAAUGUUGGCUGCAACAUGAAUGAAUCGCGCGAAGCAACUUGGCCACUCGCAUAUCCAUCUUGCAAUUCGCUGCAAAAACGGCAAGAAAACAACCCCUUUUUUGAAGCGAAUGGUGACGGGCGAUGAAAAAAGGGAUCAUCUACGAUAACGUAGUACGCAAAUGAACAUAAAGGUACAGCAGCCGCCGCAAACAACCUCGAAGGCGAGAUUGCUUCCAAAGAAGAUCAUAUUCUCCGUAUGGUGGAAUUCAAGGUUAACAAAAUUGAACCAAGCAAUCCGCACAAAACGUCCAAAAUUGGCAAAUUGCAGGAGUGCAGUUGUCUUUCACCGCAACAUCAGACUCCAUGAUGUCACUGACCAUCCGGAACGAAUUAGUCUUGACUGGGAUGUUUUACUUUAUCCUGAGUACAUUCAUCGGACAGUGCAAAAAUUUGAGAAAAUUGGAUCAAAUCCACAGAAGAAUCUUUUUAUCGUCGCGGAAUCUAUCUCUUGA